AUGUACCUAGGAAGACACGUAGAGAUGACCCAUUGUUCAGAUAGUUGUUAUAGCUCGCCUGCUGGAUCCCUCUCUUCUAUUCCAGGGAUAGCACCAAGAAGGCCUCUCGGAUACAACAGUUCACAGAAUUUCUUCAAAUCAUUCGCUCCAGAUAUGGCUGCGACAACAUUAGAGAUGGAUGAUAUUGAUGUGGAAUCAGCUAGAAAUGGGGAAACGAGACACGGGUCUGAGGAUGGCAGUGAACUUUGGAACAUUUUCCGGAAGGACCGACUGCCUGAAGAUUCCGAAUGCUGUGUAGGGUUUACCGACAAGUUCUUCAGAGUUUUCAAGUUCCUGUUCUACAUUUUCCUGUUGUUUGCGUUAAUAGGUGGCGUUAUCAUCACACGAGGCGGGCUACAGAUUCUGGCGUCACUGCUUGGCGACCAAGAUCGAAGAUUUGUAAAUAGAACCAUUACCCAGGAUUUUAUAUCAUACUUGUUUUUCUUCGUGAUCGCAGUCCCUGACGCUCUCAAAUUUUUGCAGAGUUUUUUCAUGUUUCUAUUUGGUAGUCGAGAAAGUCCAACAUGUGUGCGUUUUAUUAUGAUUAUCAUACGAGAAGGGCUUCAUCUUUUUGGCCUUGGAUGUCUGCUUUUCAAGGUCAUGCCUUAUCUCGACCCACUACAGACGUGUCUUGUAACAAUAUCCGUGCCCUUACUACCCGCCAUUGUCAAUUUGGUAUCAUACUGCCACAGAAAAGCUUGCCAAAUACGCAAAGGAAUCAAAAAGUUUUUUAAUAUCUUCUUUUUAAUAUUACUUUUACCUGCUGUCAUAAUUGUGCCAUACACCCUCUUCCAGUCUAGUGAAAUUAAAAGUGCCAAACGUUGGCCAGAUAAAGGAGUGCUUGUUGCCUGGAUUUUGAUAUCAGUAGUAUUGUUGUCGGCGAGAUGGAUCGAAACAUACUCCUUCGUCUGCAGAAGAUUCAUAGAAGAUAGAAAAGACAAACGAGUAAAAGAUAAAGGAUACGUGAUUUCGCAUAUGGCGUCAAGCAUCUUUAGAAUAAUCCUAUUGAUUAUUCUAUUUCCAACGUUUUAUUGUCAAAAUGUUCGAGGAAUCAAUGAUACAUACGAUAAAUUCAUGUCAUUGACGAAAGUGUCAGGACUACUCCCCCAAAAUUGCUCCGAAUUUCUAAAUUUUUCGAGCCCCACCGUUAACAGUACUGUCACGUGCAGUGACGAAGGGAUAUCAUACUGGCUUGUGAUUGGUCCAUAUCUGGCUCAUACGAUUGGUGCAGUGUUGACAACCCAUUUCGGCGUUUUAGCAAGUAGACUACGCAUGCAGAAAUUGGGUUUUGCAAUUCCACUUACUCUUGCAACACCCCUUUACGUCAUCCUAUUGAUUGUACUUAAUGAAACAGACAAGGACUUUGUAAAUGGAUAUUUAUUAUUGAAAGCAGACGAUAAAUGGUUACUAGUUGCAUUCUUUUUCAUUGGUUGGGUCGGACAAACCUGGGUCUGUCGUCAUGCUUGGUACAAACAGCGCGAAGAACGCAUGGAAUUUGCCAACAAACUGUUUGUUCUACCCCACUUCUGUAGUCCAAUGGUAGACCUGGCACUGUUACACAGCAGGAAGAAACGAAACGCAUCUGAAACAGAGAAACAAACAGAGACAUCUGGCGUAGACUCCAAGGUUUAUAUCUGCGCCACCAUGUGGCACGAAAAUCGGAUUGAGAUGAAGCAGAUUCUGAUAUCUAUAUUUAGACUUGAUCACCACCAGUUUCAAUAUGAGUAUAGCAAAAACGAACUUAAGCAUAAGGAAAAAGAUUAUUAUACAUUUGAAGCACAUAUUCCUUUUGAUGAUGCCAUGGAAACUAAUAAAUCAACAAAUAAAAGAGGACCUAAUGAUUUUGUCAGGCAGUUCAUGGAAAUCGUGGAUGAAGCGGCUAGUGCUUUUUAUCAAAGAAAAGUUGUUUUGGAUCCGCCUAAAAAAUACGUCACUCCUUAUGGUGGUCGUUUGGAAUGGGAACUUCCGGGGGAAAAUAAAUUGAUAGUUCAUCUCAAAGACAAAGAAAAAAUACGUCACAAGAAAAGAUGGUCGCAGAUCAUGUACAUGUACUAUUUCAUUGGAUACGAACUUCUCAUGAAAGAGAAUAAACCAACAACCGUGAUGAAUCCGGAUUUUGAUGACGUGCCUUCAAUAUUUGAAUUAUUGUCUGAACAAGUGAAGCAAAAGGCUGAAAAUUCCUACAUUCUUGCACUUGAUGGUGACGUUGAUUUCCAACCAGAAGCUCUUCAGCUUUUAAUAGACCGUAUGAAGAUAAACCCCAAAGUAGGAGCAACAUGUGGACGAAUCAAACCCGGGGGUUCAGGGCCUGUAGUCUGGUAUCAACGCUUUGAGUACGCAAUAGGUCAUUGGCUUCAGAAGUCGGCUGAACAUAUGUUUGGAUGCGUACUUUGCAGUCCUGGAUGUUUCAGUUUGUUUAGGGUGAAAGCUCUUAUGGACGAUAAUGUAAUGAGAACGUAUGCAACAUUACCAACAGAGGCACGCCAUUUCCUGCAAUAUGACCAAGGAGAGGAUAGGUGGCUUUGUACUCUUAUGCUGCAACAAGGAUACAAAAUUGAAUACUGUGCCGCAGCAGAAGCCAUAACAUUUGCUCCGGAAGAGUUUAAAGAGUUUUUCAACCAGAGAAGACGCUGGAUGCCCUCUACAAUGGCCAACAUUUUGGAUUUGUUACAAAGUUAUGCCCGUACAACGAAAACGAAUCCAAACAUUUCAUACUUCUACAUUUUUUAUCAAAUUAUCUUAUUUGUAUCAUCGGUUUUGGGUCCUUCAACUGUUUUGCUGGCACUUGAGUCUGCCGUUGCCUCAGUAUUUGGUGUUGCACCUUGGUUGGCCUAUCUUUUGACAUAUGGCCCAACAAUACUCUUUAUAUUUGUUUGUCUUAAAUGUAAAACAGACACGCAACUGAACUGGGCGAUGGUUCUAAGUGCUAUUUAUGCCCUAUUAAUGAUGGCAGUAUUUGUAGGGACACUGGUGUCGAUUGCUAGCGAGGGCUGGUAUACUCCUACAGGAAUGUUUUUCUAUAUUCUUGUUGGCACAUUCCUUAUCGCUGGCCUCCUUCAUCCACAUGAGUUUGGUGACCUUAUCUGGGGAAUUCUUUAUUUUAUCUGUAUUCCAGCAGGAUAUCUUUUCUUGAUAAUUUACGCAAUCUGUAAUUUGAACAAUGUAUCUUGGGGAACGAGAGAAAAUAAAACAGCAGUCUUAGAAAAUGCUGGACAGGGUGGUAAAAAGAGCAAAAAGAAGGAGACGGAAGACGAAAUAGAUUUUGUUACGACGGAAAUGAUCAGUGGUAUGAUAAAACAAGUAAAGAACACAAAUGUUUCCGGAGCUUCUUGUUCAGAAGCAUUCUUUUCCGUAUUCCGUUGGAUGAAUAAUCUAGUUAUUUUGAAGUCUCUGGAGUCUGUUCAAAAUAUAUUCGAAAAAAGUAAGGACGAAACAGAUCAAGCAUCUGAUCAGGCAGUUGGUAAGAAAUCACUUCUCAAAAGCAGGCGACACAAAAUACCAAAGAUUGAUCCCAAUCAACUGGACGAAACGUCAUGGGCGACGGAAGAUGUGAGAAACACGAAAAUAUCCACAUUAGAUCAAAAGGAAGAGAAAUUUUGGAUUGGAUUAGUUCAUCAUUACCUUUACCCCUUAGAUGAAGAUAAGAAAAAAGUAGACAAAGAUAAGGAAAUGCUCGCUGAAUUAAGGAAUAAAGUGGCUUUUGGAUUUUUCUUCCUUAAUGCACUGUGGUUAGCUAUUAUGACGGCGAUGAACGAAGUGAAGUAUAUCAUCAACAUUAAAAUAACAGAUACGGUGACCAUCGAACCACUUGGGUUUGUAUUUUUAGUCGUGUUUACUUUACUUUUGUUGCUGCAGUUUGUGGGCAUGCUAAUGCAUAGACACGAGACCCUUCUCCACAUCUUAGCGAUAACUAAACUUUUCAAACGGAAGACACAUGAUAUCAAGAAAGACAUCGGGGAACUUGCAAAAUCGCCUGUGACUGAUGACAGUACCAGCUUGAAUGAAACCUCAGAUGACGACGAGGGUAUAUACUGCAAUGAAUCUGUAAUUAAAGAAAUUGCGGAAAAGAGGAAAAAUGAUUUGGGUAGAAGCCACAUCGGACACUAUGAAAAAAGAAAAAGUCAGGGCUUAAACCUACGACAAACUGUACGAAGAAACAUAAAGACACUUGAUCGACGAGGGCAAAGAGGUUACAGAAAUCAUACAAUACAGGAGUAAAUUAAAGCAUCUAUUUAAUUACGUUCUAUUAAAUUUAAUAUUAACUACAGAUAUAGUCAGAAAACAUGUCCAAAAGCAACAUUACGAUAUCUGUAAAAGACAAAUAUAGGGUUCAUUAAUUAUUAUUUUCAUUUAAUAAAUACGUUUUUGUUUUUUAAGUUACAAAAUUUCGACAAAGACCGAUCGUUUUUGUUCAGAAAUUAUUCGCAUCAACUUGUAUAUUAGAUAAGGAAUAAUAUAUUUAUUUUAUUUGAUUUCAUGAUAAGAUCUGUAUUAAUCUCAGGUGGUUAAAUGCUUAGAGAAAUAGACUCAUUUUAAGUUAUUUUAAAUAUAUAUGUAAAUAU